GUUGUUGAAGGUACAAUUUCAAAUACUUUUUCCACAUUUUCUCUGUUCUAAAUCAUCUCUGUUCUUAAUCGUUUGAGUAUUUGUUUUUUUUUUCAGCUGUGUCUGUGUGUCUCAAUCUCUCCUAAGCUUCGUCUGUCUCUCACUUUUUAAGAUGUCGACGUCAAAAGAUAUGCUUGAAAGAUGGUUGUUGGAAGAUGAAGAUGGUGAUUAUGAUGAUGAACUUGGUUUGUUUGAUGUGGCUAUUACUGAGAGACUGAGUCAUAGAACAGAUCGAGGAGCAGGAUGGCGUUAUGUUCAGCAACUUAUGUACGAAUCUGAUCAGCAAUGUUACGACAUUCUGCGCAUGAAUCAAAGGACGUUUGAAGCUUUGUGCAAGAUGCUAGCUCAGCGAUAUGGAUUGGAAGAGUCUCACCAUGUCUACCUUGAGGAAUCUGUUGCGAUGUUUCUCGAGACUGUUGGUCAAGAUAAGACGAAGAGGGAUAUUGCUGCAAGGUAUCAAAGAUCGUUGGAUACAGUACAAAGAAAGCUUGAUGAAGUCUUGAGUGCUCUUCUCAAGUUUGCAGAGGAUACACUAAAACCAGAAGAAGGUGAGUUUGCAAGAGUGAGUCCUGUUUUGAGAAACGAUGAUCGGUAUUGGCCUCAGUUCAGAGAUUGUAUUGGAGCACUUGAUGGAACUCAUAUCCCGGUUCGCCCUCCAAGUCAGAAUGCAGAUGCAUACAGAGGCAGAAAGCAAGAUCCUACAAUGAAUGUUCUUGCUAUAUGUAACUUCGAUAUGAAGUUCAUAUAUGCAUAUGUCGGUGUACCUGGUAGAGCACAUGAUACCAAGGUCUUGACUCAUUGUGCGAGAAACGAGGCUUCUUUUCCACAUCCUCCUGCUGGAAAGUAUUAUUUAGUUGACUCCGGAUAUCCGACCAGGACAGGGUAUCUUGGUCCACAUCGUAAUAUGCGAUAUCAUCUUGGUCAGUUUGCUACAGGAGGACCACCAGUUAGUGCAAGAGAGUUAUUCAACCGAAAGCAUUCAGGUCUACGAUCAGUGAUUGAGAGGACAUUUGGAGUAUGGAAAGCAAAAUGGAGGAUUUUGGAUCGUAAGCAUCCAAAGUAUGGUCUGGUCAAGUGGAUUAAGUUGGUGACAGCGACGAUGGCGCUACACAACUUCAUACGUGAUUCACAUCGGGAAGAUCUUGAUUUUGUACAGUGGCAAAAUGGUGAUGAUGGAGAAGGAGAAGAAGCUGCUAGUGACGGUGAUGAAGAAGAAGGUGAUGAUGAUGAUGAUGAUGAAGAUGAUGGUGGUGGUGGAGGUGGUGGUGGUGGUGGUGGACAUAUUGUUUAUGAGCCGACAGGUGAUAGAGCGAUGGAAGAUUUGCGUGAUAACAUCACAAAUGAAUAUGGUAGAGGUCGUUUACCGUAUUAAAUGUUUUAGUUGAUGAUUUAAUUUUUUUUUUGCUUAUAACUUUGAUUGUCAUUUAAAUGUGAUAUUUAAUUAAGACUUGAUGUAAUAUUUAGCUUUCGUUUAUGAUAAAUAUUUUGAAGUA